AUGAGUGAUAAUGACGCUUCCGUAUUAUGGUGGGAACGUGUGGAAAAGGAAGUGUUGGCGUUGACGACUUCCAGUCCAUCGGAUGAUCGAGAUAAAAAAGUCUUGCCUGCCUUUAUGAAGGUCCAGGAUCAUCAAUUGGACAAGGAGACUGGCACGUGUAUAGUACCCUUUCAAGUGGAAAUCAAGACGGCCGUGGUGACGAUUACUCUGGAUGCUUCCUGGAAAGCACAGCCUGGUGAUGGGGAAGAUACCGAUUCGUCAUGCUACCCCAAUAUACCCCCUCGCAUUACCGUGACAGACGGAGCCUCGUGUUUUCCCGAGGGUUCCACAAUUCAAAAUGGGGAUUUGGUGACGAUUGAUUGUGUCUGGGCUCCCAGUUUGCAGUUGACCGAUGCCGUUUUGAAUAUUGGCCUUAAAAUCAAAGAAUCCAUAUUGCAACAAGAACCAUUCCAUCCGGCACCAAAAGAAUCAUCACAAAAAGAAGAAAAAGAUUCCAUGAUGUCCAGUGCCAGAGCAGCCAUUGGACGACGCCUCAGUGGCUUGGUCACGUCCAAAAACAACAACAACAACAGCAAUCACAACAAAAAUGCCACUAUCAACAGUAGUAGCAGUCAUCAUUCCCGAUCGUCCAAGAAAAAGGCCAGUAAAAAACUCAGUUCCAGCAGCCAUCAUACAAUCAAAGUCGAAGAAGUCCGAAUUGGAGCCGAAAUCAAUCUACUCGAACCACCGUGGGUCGAAUCCCAGGGCAUUUACUCCUGCAAAGCUGUUCGACGUCCCGAAUUCGUCGAAGCCGCCAUUCAACAUGCUGCACUCGAAAGUGGGGAGCAGGUCUCUUCGGGCGGCAGUGGCCCGGCAUCCAUGUUUCGAAGUUUGACACAAUCUGCCAAGAAUGUUCUACAAGAAUCAUUCAUUAUGAUUACCGACAAUCACAUUGUCGAAAUGACAUCCAGCAAACUCAAUCUCAGUGUGGGAAAAGUCACCUUUGCCAUUCCCAUUGAUUUACUCGCCAAACUCAAAUUUCGACGACAAGAAUCGAUAUCGUUGUUUUUCAAAACCGCACCCAACGAUCCACUCAUUUACAUGUGUCCCGACAGUGCCGAUGCCGUACAUCAAAUUCAAGCCGUUCUGAAACGACACGGCGUCAAGGGAAAACAUACCAAUGCGGCGGCCCAUCGGGCCAUUGGAGAAGCCCUUCAUUUGGUACAAGAAAUUCAAACCAAAGAAUUGGCGCUACGACAUGAUCCUACCGUCGAACGGGUCAAUGAAAUUAUGGAUUUGUAUCGACAAGCGGCCGAACGAUUCGAAGCGGCGGGGGAUGUACGACACGAAGAAGUCGUGACGCACAUGCGCAAAUUUUUGGCAUUGCCCGUGACGGUCGGGAUUUUGGAUGGGACAUAUACCAAGAAAACACCAGAUACAAGAACGAGCAACAAAGCUUCGCUCGAAGGAGAAGUAUUGGAAGCUUCCAGUGCGCAAUUGAAUUAUGCCAGUGAAGAAGAAGAAGACGACGACGGAAAAGACAAGAACGACGACGACGGCAAGAACAAACAUACGAAGAAGAAGGAUGACGAUAAGGAUUUUGAAGCCAACAUGGAAAGCAUCAUGAAAGAAGCCAAGGAGGACUUGGCCCAUUUUGCGACGGACGACGAUGAUGAUGACGAGGACAAUGCUGUGCCACUGUCGUCGUCGGCGCCGCGAGUGUCGGGAGCAGGCGAUUCGGACGAUAUCGUGGAUGAUGCCUUUGCAGAUCUAGAUGCCAUGUUGAGUGAGGCCGAUAAAGAGCUCGCAGAGCUCAUGGGAUCGUAG